AUGUCUGACACAGACAUGGACGGUGGCAUUUCGCUGGAAGCGCAGCUUGCGGGCGACAAAUCAGCAGACUCGAUGGACAUUGCAUCGCCGCCGAAAGCAGCCAUGAGCAUGACGGAUUCGACCCUCGCGACGAGACGACCAGUCACCGUCGAUAAGCCCACGCCUUAUACUUUUGACCUGGGAAACCUGCUUGCGAACGACCCAAAUCCCGUUGCGCGCGACGCCGACGAAGAAGCUCUCGCCUCCAACGCCCGCGAUGCCGCGCAAGCCCUCAUAAACCAGCUGCUCACCACCUGCGACAUAAAGUCAUCUGCUGAUGGCGUACACCUCAUCCUUCCCCCCAGCACCACUCCACUGCCCCGCGAAAAGCCCAUUCCUGCAGAGAAGCCGCCUACCAAGUGGGAGCUCUUCGCCAAGAAGAAGGGCAUCACCAAAAAUAAGAACGACAAGACUAAACUGGUUUACGACGAUGCGAGCGGCGAGUGGGUUCCCAGGUGGGGCUACAAGGGCAAAAACAAGGAGGGCGACAACGAGUGGCUCGUUGAGGUUGAUGAGAAGAAGGAGAAGGAGACUGGAGAGGCGCAUGAUGCAAGGGCUGAGGGAAGGGCUGCAAGAAAGGAAAAAAUUAGGAGGAACGAGAGGAAGCAGCGCGCUAACGAGCGCAACGCUAAGAAAACUGGUUAG